AUGGACGCAUGGCUGGGCAUCGAUUACGCUACGCAGCCUGUCGGGGCAGCGCGUUUCAGUCCCGCAACCUGGCCCGAGCCUUUCGAAGGAGUCAAGCUCGCGACGAGAUACGGCAAGGCCUGUGUUCAAGAAGCGACCGCCUCCGUACCCAUUGAGACUCAGGACGAAGCGUGCCUCAAUUUCAAUGUUUACCGAACUCCCGGUGUACCCCUCGACCAAAAACUGCCUGUACUCGUUUGGAUCCACGGGGGAGCGUUCUUUUCUGGCAGUUAUAAGAGUUUUGACGGUGCUGCAUUUGCGGCCUCAUCCAAAGAACCCAUUGUUGUAGUGUCGUUUCACUAUCGCGUCAACUCCCUCGGAUUUCUCCCCUCGCGACUCUUCGAUGACGAGGGUCUCUCGAACCUCGGCAUCAGAGACCAGCGCCUACUACUGGAGUUUGUACAGAAGCACAUAGGGGCCUUUGGCGGUGACGCAGAAGCCGUGACCGUCGGUGGACGCUCUGCUGGUGCCCAUUCGGUGGGUAUCCACUACUUCCAUAACUAUGCCGAUGACGAAGGCAGCAAGCCGCUGUUCGCUCGUGCCAUCCAUCAGUCCGGCUCCGUGACUUCAAGGGCCUUCCCCAACGUGACCUACCCUCUCUACCAGCAACAGUAUGAGGAGUACACGUCUGUGCUUGGUUGCGACGCCGCUGAGGAUGAUGCUUCAGCCUUGGCGUGUCUCCGAGCGGCGGAAAUCGACGAUAUUCGUAACAUCAGCACCAGCAUCUUCUACAAGUUCAACGAUGCCGUGACUUGGCCCUGGCAGCCUGUACAAGGCGGUCCGUUAUUCGAGAAACCAGGCUCUCAGUCAGGAUACGACGGCACCUUCUUCCACGUGCCGACUAUCACGUCCACCACGACCAACGAGGGCAAAUUCUACGUACCUGGGGACCUCGAGACGAACGACGAGUUCAUUGGGUACCUACACAACAUCUCGCCAGCCCUGAAUGAUAACGACCUUAACCUCCUCGAGGUCCUUUACCCUGACCCCGCUACUAUCGAGGACUCUCCCUUCGCCAACUCUCCGAAUAGUACACAGUACGACCGCCUGGCGGCCGCCUGGAGCGACUACGCUUACAUCUGUCCGGGUCAAGAGACCGCCUACAGAGCCGCGUCCGCAGGGGUGUCCGUCUGGAAGGUGCGCUUCAACACGAACAACACGUUCCCGGCAUGGCAGGGCAUCCCACACACGGCCGACACACGCUACACAUGGGAUGAAUCGACAACACAAUAUCCUGAGAUAAGUCACGUCUAUAACGCAUAUCUAUCGAGCUUUGUCACGGCGGGCGAUCCGAACGUGCACCGGACUGAAGAUAGCCCUGAGUGGCCGACGUACAAGCCCAACGGCUAUGGCCUGGAGGUUGCACCAGCGAAGCAGCUGGUGGUGCAGCCGGUCGAGGGUGGUACACAGGUUGAGGACGACGACAUCCGCAGGGAAGCUUGCUUGUACUGGAGAGAACCCGAGAGGCGGGCAGGCUGA